AUGGCCACAGCUGAGCAACCCGAGUCUGACAAACCCAAGUAUGACGAAUGGAUUCAGGUCAAAUCGAAGUCCCGGCUCCGGCGAAGCGCCCCCAGGCCACCUGUUAAGGGUCCUGCCGCAAUCUCCAAGCCUGCUGAACCCCGCAGCCACAAGUCUGUCAUCGAAAUUACGGCCGAGUACCACUCCUUCAAGUCCAAGUGGCGCGAAACGACAUGUUGCCUCGGUCUAAAGAAGCUGGUGAGGGAUAAUUGUGAAGGCCAUCGAAGAGUCCGCAAGGCGAUGUGUCUCGGCGUGGGCACGUUCGAUCCAGAGGAUGGAGGCUGGGACGCAAAGAGGAGGAGUUAUAUCCAGCUCGACGCCUUCUUGUCCGUGGUCGAAAUUCUAUCCGAUUUGUACAAUGAGUCGAUACCGUGCUCGUUCCAGGAACCUCGCUUCACUCCCAGCGACAUAGCAUUCCUUACCGGCCUUGGUCAUGAGGUUAUCGAGUCCCCCGCUGCUUUCGAGGCCGUGGAUGAAGAGGCGCUUGUGUUCGCGAUACACAUGUAUCGGCCAAUAUACGAGGCGACGCUCGAGAAGGCAGUGCCUGCCAUGUUUGUCGGGACAGGAUGGGACGUUUGGGAUGAAUUCGCCUCAAUGAAGGAUGGUGAGUUCAAGUGCAUGAGUGAUAUGCAUGCCUCGCAUAAGCACUUCCGCUUCCCACAGGAUGGUACAUUCACUACAUUCUCAAGCACGUGUGUGUACUGGCGGCCAAAAGCCGAGACCGUGGCUCAACAAGAGACUUCGGUUGGCGAGAAGGACCCUCAAGAAGAUAUUACGAUUGCCGCCCCCGGGACAAGUACCCAGAUAGAGGAAAGCCCUCCAGUUCCCCCGAAUAGAGAGUAG